AUGAGCACAACGAGAUCCGCCAGUAAGAAACUGACAGAGAGCCUGUCUAACCCACCAAAGAAAGCCAACCAACCGUCAAAGCCAUUCCCACCCAAAACCGACGACGGCCAUUACAUCAUCGUCAACGGCCGCAAAUGGCGCGCGACAGAUCCCCUGGUUCCCGAUAACGCCCUGGCUGAACUAAAGCAUUUUCUCGCAAAAGGGAGAUCCGGUGCACGCCGACAGAAUAAAAAUGACAUGCAAAAGCUGCUGUUAUCGCGCAAAACAACCGGACUGGCCAAGCUCGGCCUUGGAGAACGCGGCAAGCCAGAAUGGUGGAACGAUACAGAUGAGGGUCGCAAAGAAAGAUGGGAGAAUGCAUUGAUUCAACUCCGGGAGCUUCACGCCGAAAGUUCAACAUGA